AUGCGGAUGUGGUCGUGGAGAGGCAUCAUCUCAGUCUUCCUUUUGACAAGCUUGAUCAGCGGAUAUGAUGUUAGUAACGUUGCCAAUAUCCAACCGCGCCUGUAUGAAGAGUUUGGCAGGAUCGAGCUUCUGCCUUGGAUAGGUCUCUCCUAUUCUCUCGCCAACCUCGCGGUGCUCCCCUACUCUAGAAGAAUGAUUUCUUGUUUCGACUGGCGGACUCUAUACAUCAGUCACUUGAUCAUAUUCAUCCUCGGAGCAGUGGUUGCGGCUUCCGCACCUAGCCUCAGUGCGGUCAUUGCCGGGCGCGUUAUCAUGGGUCUGGGGGGCUCGGUGAUUCAGCAGACAAACUUGUCGUACAUCUCACUUUAUACGAAGCCGUCGGAAUCGGCUUCUCUAGUCGCAUGCAUAUCGGCUAUGUGGGCUAUCGGACUAGUCGUCGGCGGGCCGAUCGGAAGUGCUUUUGCUGAGUCACAAGCGACUACCUGGCGGUGGGCCUUCUACGUGAACGUCCCAUUUAUCGGCGUUUGCGUCGUCAUAUCAUUGCUAUGCAUCCCGCAUCACUCGACUAUGGGCCGGGGAACUUCAAUCGCCGAAAGGAUGAUGAGGCUUGACCUCGCAGGCAUAUGUCUCAGUGCCCUGGCUACCGUCACCUUCGCCAUCGCGUGCACUUUCUGCGGGUCGAUAUGGAAUUGGUUCUCUCUCCAAUCAAUUCUGACCUGGGUCAGUUGCGGCAUCGCGUUUCUACUAUGCUUCCUCCAGCAAUACUUUUGCGUGUGCACCACGGCUAACGAUCGUGCCCUUCCCCUGCACUUACUGUCGCCGAAAUUCAUGAAAUUCUUUCCAUUGUGGGUGGCCACUGGUUGCGCCGGCAUCACGUAUGCGAUAUCAUUAUAUUACGUCCCCCUAUACUUCGCCUUCGCUCGUGGUCACGACGCCCUGCAGCAGACUGUUCGACUGCUCCCCCUCGUCCUUGUUUUUAUUGCUACAGUCAUUCUCACGGGUGCAUUCUUGCCUCUACUCAACCGCUACGAGAUAUUAUUCAUCAUGUCAGGCUGUAUCACCACCGCCGGCGCCGCAGCCAUGACCGUGGUACUUGCCAGACCCACGGCCACAGACAGUCAGAUAAUGGGUCUAGAAGCAUUGCUUGGGGUGGCACUUGGGUUAGGAUUCCAACAUAGUUUGGCUAUUUCAAACAUCCUUAUCCACGAUGCACGGGAUAAGAUUGACAGCGCAAUGCUCUGCAAUCUGAUGCAGAUGGGUGGGAUUGCCUUGAUGCUCUCCGUGGCGGGCUGUAUCUUCCAAAACGUAGGGCUUGGUCUUCUGCAAGACUCCAUCAACUUCGAUAGGAGGUUCACAGACCAUCAGGUUCAAGAAGCUUUGGCUGGGGUCUCUUCCGCGCUCUGGAACGAAUCUGAUCCUCGACUAAUGGCCAGGGGCGUUCAGGCGGUGGCGGAAACCAUUGCUCGGGAGUUCUAUAUUGUCCUCGCGGGGGGGAUCAUCUGUCUAUCCUGUGGGACGUGGAUGAGUUUAGAGCGGCUGGGCGCUCUCAAGCGUUCGUGA